CCCGUGCUUCGCCAUUUUUCACAGGAAGCAAUUCUAGUGUCUAGAGUCUAUUCUAGGUGCUUUUUCAUUUUUAAUUGUUUUAAUUUCUGCUUGGUCUUCAAUUCCUGUUGAGCCUAAUCCAGGACCGAGACUUUUUUUUCCUGCCGGGACAACUUUUUUUGAACGGCCUUUUUUCCCUCCCCCCGGAUUCGACCGUUGAAAAUGCCGAUUCCCGUGGAUACCGCGAAGUCGAUCUCGAAGAAGCGCAAGAGAAAGCACGGAGGUAGUGCGCGCGCAGCUGCCGAGGAGGAUGUGUCCGCGACGCCUGCGACGACCGUGAGCGAGACUCCCGAGAAGGAGGUUACGUCCUCGAAAAAGAAGAAGGAAUCUGCCAAGGAGGCGCUGAAGAAGCGGAAGGUGGAGAAGCCGGCCAGCGAGGAUGAGGACCAGAGCGACGAGGGAUCGGACGAUGAGGCUGCUGCACCCGCUGGAGACGAGGAGAACGACUCCGAGGACGCUGAGGAGGAGGUCGCCGGUAACGCUGAGGACCUUCCCUCGGCGGAGGCCGUCCGUCUGCCGCAGGUGGAGGGCGAGCCGCAGAAAUUCACGGAAUUGAAUCUGUCGGACAAGACGAUGAAGGCGAUCCAGGAGAUGGGAUUCCAGACUAUGACUGAGAUCCAGCAGCGUGCGAUCCCCCCGUUGCUUGCUGGUCGGGAUGUUCUCGGUGCUGCGAAGACCGGUUCCGGAAAGACUCUGUCUUUCUUGAUUCCUGCGAUCGAGAUGUUGAGCUCGUUGCGGUUCAAGCCUAGAAACGGUACCGGUGUCAUCAUCGUUUCCCCCACACGUGAGUUGGCCUUGCAAAUAUUCCAGGUGGCUCGUGAACUCUGCCAGUUCCACUCCCAAACCUAUGGUAUUGUGAUUGGAGGCGCCAACCGAAGGGCGGAGGCCGAGAAGCUCAUCAAGGGUGUCAACCUGCUCGUUGCGACACCCGGACGUCUGCUUGAUCACCUGCAAAAUACCCAAGGCUUCAUCUACAAGAACCUGAAGACGCUGGUCAUCGACGAGGCGGAUCGUAUCCUGGAAGUUGGUUUCGAAGAUGAAAUGCGACAGAUCGUCAAGAUCCUGCCCAACGACAACAGGCAAACUAUGCUGUUCUCCGCCACGCAGACCACCAAGGUUGAGGAUCUGGCGCGGAUAUCUCUCCGACCUGGUCCUUUGUACGUGAACGUGGACCACCGCAAAGAGCACAGUACCGUGGAAGGUCUGGAGCAGGGAUACGUUCUCUGCGAGGCUGACAAGCGCUUCCUGCUUCUCUUCUCCUUCCUGAAGCGCAACGCGAAGAAGAAGAUCAUUGUUUUCUUCUCCAGCUGCAACUGCGUCAAGUACCAUGCCGAGCUCCUCAACUACAUCGAUCUACCCGUGCUUGAGCUGCACGGAAAGCAGAAGCAGCAGAAGCGCACCAACACUUUCUUCGAAUUCUGCAACGCCAAGUCGGGCACGCUUAUUUGCACUGACGUUGCGGCCAGAGGUUUGGAUAUCCCCGCUGUGGACUGGAUUAUCCAGUAUGACCCUCCGGAUGACACCAGAGACUACAUCCACCGUGUCGGUCGUACGGCCCGUGGUAAGGACGGCAAGGGUCGCAGCUUGAUGUUCUUGCAGCCGUCGGAGGUUGGAUUCCUGAAGCACCUCAAGGAGGCCCGCGUUCCCGUCGUCGAAUUCGACUUCCCCGCCAACAAGAUCGUCAACGUUCAGUCUCAGCUGGAGAAGCUGAUCGAGCAGAACUAUUACCUCAACAAGUCCGCCAAGGAAGGCUACCGCUCGUACCUCCAGGCCUACGCCUCGCAUUCGCUGCGGUCCGUCUUCGACGUGCACAAGAUCGACCUCGUCAAGGUGGCGAAGGGCUUCGGAUUCUCCACGCCGCCCCGCAUCGACAUCCAACUCGGCUCGAGUCUCAGCCGCGACAAGAAGCAGCAGCAACAAGGCCGACGAAACUACGGCAGUCAACCCAAGGGACUGAAGUUCAAGCGGAAGCACGAGGACGAUUAAUUGAUUCCCCUGGGGGGUCUUGAAGUGUAGAGUUAGAAGAAGAAAAUAUUGGCUUCAUUUGAAAUGUGUUCUCUCUCUUUUUUUUAUGUCAUCCGCUUGAUUGCUGAUUCGAUUGAGUGACCUACCUGAGUUUUGUUCCGGAGUUCAGAGCCUUUGUGGAUAUCACUAUCUAUUCUCUCUUCCUUUUUGUUUUUUCCUGUCUGUAUGCAUACUCUAUGCGAUGUUGCAUUGAGAAUUUAGAAAAGUUUCUUUUACUUC